AUGGCAAAUCUGGAAAUUUAUAACUUAAUUGUGUACAAUUUGUUGCAAAUAGAUUUAAGAGAUGUGGUCAUAUUUCAUUGCUGGCAGCUGCCAGUUCUCUUGCCACUGGCACAACUUUUUUCGCGAAACUUAAUCUUUUCGCAAUUUAUAAGCCUCAGUCAAUCCAACGAGUCCUUAGCUAAUUUUUCAAAAGUGUAUUUGGACAGUGAGUUAACAAAAAUUGGCGUAUUUUUGGAUCUGGGCUGUGAGCAGAGUCCGUUUAUAACUAAUGAGUCAAGUCGAGCACAGCUUUAUACGCAUCGCUAUCAUUGGCUAAUUUACGAUGAGGAUGGAAAUAUGAAUUCAUUUGUGGAACUUUUUGAAAGGGCUAAUCUGAGCAUCAAUGCGGAUGUGACCUAUGUGCAGCGACAGCCAGCCGAAAGCUUCGACCAUGGCAGCCUCUUUAUACUCUAUGAUGUCUACAACAAGGGCAGCCAGUUGGGUGGUCAGCUGAAUAUAACCAUAGAUCAGAGCAUUUACUGCAAUCAGACGAAAUGUGAGCCUGUGCAAUAUUUGAGUGAGCUGCACAAGAGAUCCAGGCUGCAGCAGCGCACUGAUCUGAGUGGAAUUACCUUCAGACAGGUUGCAUUGGUCACUGUCAUACCUCUGAGCUCAGGAGAGGAAAAACUCCUCGAAUUUUUGAAUAGUGAAGAGGACUAUCAUUUGGAUUGGACGUCGCGUGUGGGCUUCCGCCAAAAUGUUCACUUGCAGGAGGUGUUGAGGUUCAGUGUACGUUAUAUUUGGCGUAAUCAGUGGAGUCUAGGUGAGACGAAGGGUGGCGCCUUGGGCGAAGUGACCACUGCAAAUGCAGACUUGUCAACGACGGCAUUUGUUCUCUCACCUGAACGCCUGCGCCACAUCUUUCCGACCGCAGAAGUUAGCCAAUUUCGCUCGAUUUGCAUCUUUCGAACUCCCCACAAUGCUGGCAUCAAGGCAGGCGUUUUCCUGGAGCCAUUUAAGCUAAGUGUAUGGCUCGUCUUUGGCGCUGUGCUGAUGUUCUCCGGCAUACUGUUGUGGUUGACAUUUCGCCUAGAGCAUCGUUGGAUGCGGCAUUAUUUGCAGUACUAUGUACCCUCCCUCUUGAGCAGCUGCUUGAUAAGCUUUGGCGCUGCCUGUAUUCAAGGCUCUCAUUUAAUACCCUGCUCCACGGGUGGACGUCUGGCUUUCAUAGCAGUUAUGUUUACCUCAUUUCUAAUGUACAACUAUUACACAUCCAUUGUGGUGUCUAGCUUACUCGGUUCGCCUGUGCGUUCCAAUAUUAAAACCAUACAACAGCUGGCCGAUAGUUCCUUGGAUGUGGGCUUCGAAACUAUACCUUUUACCAGGGUAUAUUUAAAUAGCUCACCGCGCUCCGAUAUACGCGAUUUGGUUAAGCAAAAGGUGGAAGGACGCAAUCCCAGCAACAUCUGGCUCUCUGCCAAGGAGGGUGUACUCAGAGCACGCAAUCAGCCUGGCUUUGUGUUCGUCUCAGAAGCUUCAUUUCUCUACACGUUCAUUGAGAAGUACUACCUGCCCCAUGAGAUAUGUGAGCUCAAUGAAAUCAUGUUUCGGCCGGAGAGCGCCGUUUACACAGUAAUACACAUAAACUCUACGUACAAGGAGCUCUUGAAGCAAAUCCAAUUACGCAUGAUGGAGACUGGCAUUACGCAGAAGCAUAAAUUUUUCUAUACCAAAACCAAGCUGCACUGUUAUGCCAAUAAUUAUGUCAUCAAUGUCGGCAUGGAGUACGCCGCCCCACUCUUUAUAGCCUUGUUGUUGUCAUAUUUUGCAUCGAUAUUUAUUUUAAUGCUGGAACUAGCCUGGGCUCACUUGGGCAGGCGGCACCUGCAGCAUUUCAUCACGGCGGAGGAAUACCCACUAAUGGAGCACUUGCAAGAUAAACUCAUCGAACACAAUCUCGUCAAGCUUGGCAUUUAUAUGGACAUAAACUGUAAUCAAACUUCGGAAGUCUUGUUUAUGGCCAAUGGGGAGCGUCUGUUUAUAGAACGCUAUCACUGGCUCAUCUACGACCAGAAUUUCAGCUUGAGGCAGGUGCAUCAACGUUUUGCAGAGGCGCAACUUUAUCUGGGCACAGAGUUGACCUAUGUCAAGCCCAGUGCAAAUCUCAACAGCUUUAUACUCUAUGAUCUGUACAACAAGGGAAAACAUGUGGGUGGCAAGCUCAAUAUAACAAUUGAUCAGCAAAUCGAUUGCAACGAUCAGCAAUGUUACGUGAAUCGGUAUCUAAGUGAUCUGCAUAAGAGAAGCCGAAUACAGCAGCGUAAAUUUCUGACUGGCUUAACUUUACGAAUCAAUGCAGUGCUCACCUCCAUGCCGAUCGACACACCAGAAACCGAGAUCAAGAACUUUCUUAGCCGCGAUGAUGAUAUAUAUAGGGAUUCAUUUGCCAGGCUUGGCUACCAAGCGCAUCAGGUGCUCAAGGAAAUAUUGGAUUGCAACUUUAGCUAUAUAUUUCGCGAUCGCUGGUCAGAUUCGGAGUUGUCCGGCGGUCUUAUUGGGGAUAUGCGCAAUGAAACCGUCGAUCUAAGUGCAACCGGUUUUCUCUUCAGCAGUGGACGCACCAAGUAUUUCAAGCUCGUCACCUGGUUUUCCUCAUUUCGUUCGAUGUGCAUGUUUCUCAAUCCAAAAUCGGCUGCCGGGGAGAUACGCCUCUUGGAAUUUCUGCAGCCUUUCAGCCGGACGGUUUGGCUUAUGUUUGGCUCGAUGCUGCUGUCUUCUGGCUUUCUGCUCUGGCUUACGUUUAUUCUGGAACGCAAGUUAAACCACGUGAAUGUUAGACCCUCGCUGCUUACCAGCUGCCUGUUGUCCUUUGGUGCUGCCUGCAUUCAGGGCGCCUGGCUGUUGCCGCGCUCCACGGGCGGUCGCAUGGUCUUCUAUGCCUUAAUGCUGACCUGCUUUCUUUUAUAUAAUUAUUAUACAUCUAUUGUGGUAUCCACGCUGUUGGGCGAAGCACCCAAGUCGAACAUACGAACCAUACAACAGCUUGCGGACAGCAACCUUGAGGUAUCAAUCGAGCCAAAAAUAUACACAAAGGUCUAUAUAGAGACAUCAAGCUAUCCGGAUGUACGUAGUCUAUAUCUGAACAAGGUUGUUAACAGCAAGCGCGAUCCGAAGCGCAUUUGGCUGCCGUCGGAGGAGGGUGUCCUAAUGGUACGUGACAAGCCCGGAUUUGUAUAUAUUGCAGAGGCAGCUAGUUCCUAUAUAUAUGUGAGAAAGCAUUAUUUACCCCACGAGAUCUGCGAGCUAAAUGAAAUUCUGCUGCGUGACGAGACAAACGCCUACACCAUGAUGCUCAAAACAUCCAGCUAUGUGGAACUAAUAAAACUAAGCAAAAUGCAGCUUUUGCAUUUGGCCAACUUUGUGUUGCACAAUUUGCUGCAGUCGCGCAUCAGCUUCAUCAUAUUCUUUCAUUGCUGGGCCGGAAAUGAAACUUUUCAAUUCGCACAACAAAUUAAUAAGCCCCAUCAUCAGCCCAUCUAUCAUCAGUUUGCGCACUUGAAUGACUGGAACUGGGAUCACUUGGAGCAGCGUUAUUUGGAUCACUUACAGCCCACACUGGCAAUAUAUGUGGACCUGAACUGUUUGAGAAGCAGAAGCCUUUUGGUGGAGGCGAGUCGUUCAAAGCUCUACAAUCAGCACUACCAUUGGCUUCUGCACGAUAGCUCGGAGUUCUUUGAUUUCUACGAGUUCUUCAAGACCAAGAACAUAUCCGUCGAUGCUGAUGUUAGCUACGUCAAGCAGCGACACGCGGGCAGCUCGGACGAUGUCAUCUAUACGCUCUACGAUGUCUACAGCAAUGGCAAUCACAUUGGCGGACAGCUGAAUAUAACCGCCGACUGUGAGCUGGUGUGCAGCCAGAUCGAUUGCAGGUUGAAUAGGUAUCUCAGCUCAUUGCAUAUGCGUCCCAAAUAUAGUAAUCGAGAGCAGCUGACGGAUGUGGUGCUGCGUGUGGCUACUGUGGUGACGCAACGACCCAUUACCUGGCCGCGGGAGCAGCUGAUGCGUUUUCUGCACCAGGUGAACGAGACGCAUGUCGAUAGUUUGGUACGCUUUGGCUUUCAGUUAUCCUUGAUACUCAAGGAUAUGCUGCAGUGUGGCAUGAAUUUCACAUUCAAGGAUCGCUGGAGCAUUAGCGACUUCAACGGUGGCUCCGUCGGCGCUGUGGUCGACCAGACAGCCGACAUUGGCUCUGCGCCCUGCCUGGCCACAGCGGGCAGAUUGCAGCAUCUAUCGGCCAUUAUUGAGACGGGCUACUUUCGCUCCGUUUGCCUAUUUAGCACACCCCGCAAUGCCGGCAUACGUGGCGAUGUUUUCCUGCAGCCUUUUAGCGCUCUGGUGUGGUAUCUGUUUGGCGGUUUCCUGCUGCUGAUUGCCCUGCUGCUCUGGCUGGCCUUUUUGAUGGAGUCCAAGCGUAUGCAUAGCCGUUGGCGUUUGCAGUUUGUGCCCUCGCUGCUGAACACCUGCCUGAUAAGCUUUGGAGCUGCGUGCAUUCAAAGCUCAGCGCUAACACCACGCUCCACGGGCGGACGAUUGGCCUAUUUUGCACUGUUCCUGAUUAGUUUUAUAAUGUAUAACUAUUAUACUUCUGUGGUCGUCUCCUCGCUGCUGAGCUCGCCCGUUAAAUCGAACAUCAAAACGAUGCAACAGCUUGCAGAGAGCUCGCUGACCGUCGGCCUGGAACCGCAAUCCUUUACCAAGAGCUAUUUAAAUUACACGCAACGCCCGGAGAUUCAUUUGUUUAGCAAACGGAAAAUCGAAUCACAGUCCAAAAAUCCGGAGCUCUGGCUGCCCGCGGAGCAGGGCAUACUGCGCGUCCGCGAUAGACCCGGCUAUGUGUUCGUCUUUGAGGCAUCCUCCGGCUAUGCGUAUGUGGAACGCUUCUUCACACAGCAGCAGAUCUGUAAUCUCAAUGAGAUACUAUUUCGACCCGAACUAUUGCUCUACACGCAUUUGCAUCGCAAUUCCAGCUACAAGGAACUCAUACGCCUAAAAUUGCUUCGGGUACUGGAGACGGGCAUCUAUCGCAAGCAUCGCACUCAGUGGUUUCGCACCAAGCUGCAUUGUUAUUCGCAAAACUUUGUAAUUACCGUGGGCAUGGAAUAUGUGGCACCGCUCUUCUUCAUGCUGAUCUGUGGCUAUGUUCUGGUGCUGUUGUUGCUGCUGCUGGAGCUCGCCUGGCAGCGCUAUGUGCAGCGCUCACAUUAAGCCUUACAUGUUUGCACCUCGCUUCAACCGCAAGCGGAACAAAACGCUUUAAGCUCUUAUGCAAAAUAAUAAAGUAUAAAAAAAAACACUUUACGUUAACUUUUCGCCUCGCCCAGCGACUGUGGAAUUAUGCAGUGCAGUGCUGCGACCCGUUGUCCCUGCGUUUCCUGUUGUCAGGACCCGUGCAAAAUUGCCGCACGCCUCGUUGAGUGGACCACGUUUUCAUGUUUUCAUGCGAUUUUCGUAUUUGCAUUAAAAAGUUUCCUGUUUGCCGUAUUUUGGGCAAUGAUUUUUUUUCACCCACACCAGUAGUAUUUGCAUUUUUAUGGCCCGCAGCAGAAUGGGCCAUUGUAGCUUGGCUGCGCGUGUGCCCGGAGAUAUGCCUAAGCCCACUUAUUAAAUAGUUAUCUGAACUUGGCAAUAGUUGGUUGCAGGCAGCAUCCUUUUAUAUAACUUGGAUAUACGUCCUGUCAUUUCAAACAAUUUGGCAGAGUUUCUUAACGCUGGACUGUAAUCAAUCAUCAUCAAUCAUUUCAUAUUUGUCUCUUAUUUGUCAUGUGAACAUUGUGACCUGACGGAAGCUGGAUGUUGACCUGCGGGCAAUUUUUUUCUAUUCGGGGCACAAUCAAAGACCGUGCGAUAUUACCCUUAGAAAACUAGGCAGCAAUUAUUAAUGUUGGCUUUUGAAAGCAUUACAAAAUAUAUUUUGUACU